CCGCCCGCCCUAAGGAUGCGGCCGGGCCGCCACACGCCGGCUGCCGGCCCCGGCUUCCCCCUGGCCCCGGCCUCGGCCCCAAGCAAUCGACCGCCAGAUCGACUUAUCCCGCCUAGCCCUGGCUGCUCACUGGGCGCGCUAAUCCAUGUGUCGGUUGAUCGUCUCGCUCGGCCUGGGGAUAGGCGGGGCGGACGCCCGUCGCGCGGGUGCGGCGGGGGCCGGCGCCAUUUUGCAGGAAGAGGGGCGCCGGGCCUGUCGGCGAGAGGGAGCCUGCAGUCUGCCAUGGCCAAUGUGCUCUGUAACAGAGCAAGAUUGGUCACCUACCUACCAGGGUUUUAUUCCUUAGUCAAAAGAGUUGUAAAUCCCAAGGCUUUUUCUACAGCAGGUUCCUCUGGCUCAGAUGAGCCUCAUGUUGCUGCUACACCUCCUGAUUUAUGUCCAAGAACUGUAUGGCCAGAUGAGGUAAUGGGUCCAUUUGGUCCUCAGGACCAGAGAUUUCAGCUGCCUGGUAAUAUUGGUUUUGACUGUCACCUAAAUGGAACCGCUUCUCAGAAGAAAAGCCAAGUUUCAAAAAAUCUGCCUGAUAUAUUAGCAGAGCCUUCAGCAAGUGAAAGGCAUGAAUUUGUAAUGGCACAAUACAUAAACGAAUUUCAGGGUGCUGAUGUUCCACAGAAACAGCAAAUAAAUAAUGCUGAAACUUACUUUGAAAAUGCAAAGGUAGAAUGUGCAGUACAAGCUUGUCCUGAACUGUUACGAAAAGACUUUGAGUCACUGUUUCCAGAAGUGAAUGCCAACCGUUUAACGGUAUUAACUGUCACCCAGAAGACUAAAAAUGAUAUGACCGUAUGGAGUCAAGAAGUGGAGGAUGAGAGAGAAAUGCUGUUAGAAAACUUCAUUAAUGGUGCCAAGGAAAUUUGCUAUGCAAUUUGUUCUGAAGGCUAUUGGGCUGACUUCAUUGAUCCAUCCUCAGGACUGGCAUUUUUUGGACCUUACACAAACAACACUCUGUUUGAAACAGAUGAACGCUACCGCCACUUGGGAUUUUCCGUUGAUGAUCUUGGCUGCUGCAAAGUUAUUCGUCAUAACAUCUGGGGUACUCAUGUGGUUGUAGGAAGUAUUUUCACUAAUGCUGAACCUGACAGCCCUAUCAUGAGAAAACUAAGUGGAAAAUAGCAGUCAUCAGGGUUUCACAAGUUCUUAUGACCUUUGCAUUCUUUUACUUGAUGAUUCUCUCUAAGCAUUGUCAGGAAAUGCCACACUUUAAACUCUUCUUAGAUAAUAAAGUACCUCUUAUUUAUUUUAGUCUUUGAGUAUGUGUUCACCACACGUGACUUGGAAUAUUAAAUUGACAGCAUUCAAACAGAUACCUUUAUGUGCCACAUUAAUUUUAAGCUGUGAGUUUCCUUCAUCUUGAAUGAGUUCAAACAUACACGUACAUAGCUAUCUCUCUAUUCUUUUUUAAUAUUAUCUCACAAGCCGUGCUUCCUAACCAUUUUAUCUUUCAAUGUCUGACAAAUCUGUGCUCUUAGUAUUAAAAAUCCUGAUGCCACUGCAGUUUCUAGUAAUUUUGCCAUUUACUGAAAUGAAUAAGUGGCAAAAAAAGUGGAAUAAGUAAUAAAAUUGUUCUCCCAGAAUAUAGAACUUAAUAAAACCUUCAGAAGUUAA